AUGAUUCUGUGGUUAUUACUUUCAUUGGCGACCUCUGCACAUGGAGCGUCGAUCCCACCACAGCCGGUGAUUCCGACGGCAAGCGCAUGUCUACAGGGCUGUUUCGCAUCGGGAAGCAUCGUGAACGCUGCUUUCGACCUGCUCAACUUCAAGAGCAUCGCCGUCGACAUCGAGAACUUCUGCAGUUUGAACUCAGCGUUGCUGAAGUGUGGACGGGAAUGUCCGCCUGAGCAGAUCGCCGAGUUGGAGGCGAGGACCCACGCCAGUUCGUUCAUCUGCAGUAACAAAAUCGAAGAAUUCCGUUUGGUAUCUGGAUGUUUGGACGGAGCCACAGAUGUGACCGCUGCAUGUGCAUCAGAAUGCGGAGUGCCGACGGAUGUGCCAUUCCGUCUCGACUCAUCACCUGCCGCUUCCGUGAACCCAGCCGUGUUCCUUGACGGCGUCGCCGGAAUCUGCAAGUGA